AUGGUGUGUCUCGGAAUGGAGCCCGACCACAACCAUAUCAACGGCGACCUCGCCCAUGGCUUUGAGAACAUGGUGUGUGUGCGUUGUCGAGAUGGGUUCUCGAUGCAAGAUCAAAUGGUCAACUCUUCCGGAGAAGUUUGGCAUUCGGAGUGUUUUGUAUGUGCUCAAUGCUUCGAACCAUUCCCAGACGGAAUUUAUUUUGAGUACGAAGGAAGGAAGUAUUGCGAGCAUGACUUUCAUGUCCUUUUUUCUCCGUGCUGCGGAAAAUGCAAUGAGUUCAUUGUUGGGAGAGUGAUCAAGGCAAUGAAUGCCAGCUGGCAUCCGGCUUGUUUCUGCUGUGAGAUUUGCAAUAAACAGUUGGCCGACGUUGGAUUUUUAAGAAAUGCUGGGAGAGCGCUUUGCCGUGAGUGUAACGAACGAGAAAAAGCAGCAGGUCAUGGACGAUAUGUGUGCCACAAAUGCCAUGCUAUGAUCGAUGAUGGACAGCACAUCAAGUUCCGUGGAGAUUCCUUCCAUCCAUAUCAUUUCAAGUGCAAACGAUGCAGCGUGGAACUCACAACAGCAUCUCGUGAAGUGAACGGCGAGUUGUACUGUCUGAGAUGUCACGACACAAUGGGAAUCCCAAUUUGCGGAGCUUGUCACAGACCAAUCGAGGAGCGUGUCAUUGCUGCUUUGGGUAAGCACUGGCACGUCGAGCACUUUGUCUGCUCGGUGUGUGAGAAGCCGUUCCUGGGACAUCGUCACUACGAGAGAAAGGGACUUCCAUACUGCGAACAGCACUUCCACAAGCUCUUCGGAAACCUCUGCUUCAGAUGUGGAGAUCCAUGUUGUGGAGAAGUGUUCCAAGCUCUUCAGAAGACGUGGUGUGUCAAAUGCUUUGCCUGCAGUUUCUGUGAUAAGAAGUUGGACCAGAAAACGAAAUUCUAUGAAUUCGAUAUGAAGCCAACAUGCAAACGAUGCUAUGACAGAUUCCCAACCGAGCUCAAAAAACGUAUCUCAGAAAGUUUGAAGGACCGUGAUGUCGAGAAUCAGAGAAGAUCGAUGAGUCCAGGUCCGAAAUAA